CACUGAGGAACAUGAGACUUUUUUGUGGAGUAAAUUGGAGAGGAAAAUGAGACUGGAAAUGAAACUGAGGAUCAAAAUGCGAAAUGCCCCAUCGCCGUGCGAAAGACGGACUUUAUUUACAAACAAAUUUGAUUUAAAAAAAACAAAUUAUGAUUUGUUUUUAAAUGUGUUUGGUUUUAAACGUAGUUAACGAGUGAAUUAAAAUAAUGGUGAUAAGCCCCGAUAAAGGAGAUGGGUUUCCUCCUCCAGCAACAGCAGGCACAGUCCUUCCGCCAAGUUCCCCCACGACACGGUCACCCAAUAAUAAUUUGGCCGAUUCGCCCGGAGGACUGGCAGCGACGGGGUCGGACACCGUCCUUGCAACGGCUGGAUAUGACCACACCAUUAAAUUGUGGCAAGUGGGGACGGCCCUUUGCUUCAAAACGUUCCAACAUCCUGACUCGCAAGUAAAUGACUUGGCGAUAAGCCCAGACAGAAAGUCGGUCGCUGCGGCGGGUUUCCAGCAUGUUCGAAUUUAUGAUGUUCAAGGAUCAGGGCAAAGUCCUGCCGUGAAUUUUGAAGGGUUGACGAAAAAUGUGACGUGCAUAGGAUUCAAUCGAGAUGGGCAGUGGAUGUUUUCCGGGGGAGAAGACGACAAUGCAAGAAUUUGGGAUUUAAGGACAAAUGCCACACAAAAAGUGUUCCAAACCCACUCGUCCCCCAUCACGUGUGCCACCCUGCAUCCCAACAAUACCGAACUAAUCAUAGCAGACCAGAGUGGAACGAUUCACUUGUGGAAUUUAAAGAAUGACAAAACUGAACAAUUGAUUCCUGAUCAAAGUGGAACCGUUCCCAUUCAGGAUGUUGCGAUUGACCCGUCAGGAAAAUUUUUGGCUGCUGUAAACAACAAGGGAGACUGUUACAUUUGGACCUUGGACGGAGGAAAUGGUGAAGAAAUUCGUCUCAGCCCGUUCCACAGGUUAAAAGCUCACUCACGAUACGCUUUAACGUGCUGUUUUUCCCCAGAUUCGAGUCUUCUGGCAACCACUUCGGCCGACCAAACGUGCAAAAUAUGGAAAAUGUCCGACUCUAGCUUAGUGGCGGAUUUGCAUUGUUCUGGUCAGCGAUGGGUGUGGUCGGCCGCUUUCACAGGGGACAGUCAGUACAUAAUAACUGCUUCGUCAGAUAAUCUAGCGAGAUUGUGGUCCUUGGAGACUGCACGGACAGAGCGAGAGUACAAUGGACAUCAAAAACCGGUGACCUGCGUGGCGUACAGAGAUCCGAGUAUCCUUUACUAGCAAAUUUUUAUAGUCGUUUAUUGACUUCCGGUAUUCAAAAAUUGGUUUAUUAUUCAUCCCCCUCCUACAUGUUUACAUAAGAAAUAUUUAUGUAAGGUUAUUACAUACAUACAUACUUUUUUUCGUGACCAACAUUUAUUAGUGUAAAGGAGGGGACAUUAUUGGUAAUCAAUUAAUCAAUCGAUUUUACAACGUAUCGAUCGAUCAUCGAUUUCUAUCUAGAACUCAUAUCCCUUAAAUCUAUACAUGUUUAUGUAUGUAGAGCACUUCGUUGUUUGAGAGUCGACGUAUUUCUUAUUUACGUUAACGAAUCGAGGUUAUUAUUUGCACAAGAUUUUUUAAGGUAACUACUGUAAAUAGAAAGAGGAAUAAAAACGUAAAUGAGAGGCAGG